ACGGCGCAUCACAAUGCUGUAGUUUCUUGGCAACGCGAGCGUCCAGUCCACUCCGGCCCGUCAACAACAGGACAGUUUUAAUAAGGAUGUUGCCGUGCCGCUCCCUCCCUCUGUCUAUUCUCCUGCUCCUCCUGGUUGUUGCCGAGGCGGGACGGUGCGUUGCUGUCACCACCCAGCUGCACCGUGAUUUCCGUGGCUGCGCGGUGCGGGAUUUUUCCUUCGUGGCCCAGAAGCCGGGAUGCAGGAACCUCCGCAUCGAGACGGAGGCCUGCUGGGGACGCUGCCAUACCUGGGAGAAGCCGCUCCCAGAGCCCCCCUACGUCCAGCGGCAUCACCGUGUGUGUUCCUACGGUCGUACUCGCUACCUGACGGUCCGUCUGCCAGGCUGCCAGCCCCACGUCUCUCCGCUCUACCCCUACCCCCUCGCUCUGCAGUGUCACUGCACCGUCUGUUCCACACAGGAUACGGAGUGUGAGACGUUCUGAUACCAACUUCUGUGUGUGUGUGUGAAAAGAUUUAAGGUUGAUUUAAGCAAUGAGGCCCGAGGGGUUGUGGUAUAUGGACAAUAUACCACGGCUAAGGGCUGUUCUUACGUACGACGCAACGCGGAGUGCCUGGAUACAGCCCUUAGCUGUGGUAUAUUGGCCACAAACCACAAACGCCCUGAGGUGCCUUAUUGCUAUUAUAAACUGGUUACCAACAUAAUUAGAGCAGUAAAAAUACAUAUUUUCUCAUACCCGUGUUAUACCACGGUUUGAUAUACCACGGCGGUCAGCCAAUCAGCAUUCAGGGCUCGAAUCACCCAGUUUUAUAAAAUGCUUUAUACCACUGUAAUAUGACACAGCAACCUUGUUAGAAAAUGUAAUAUAAUAAUAAUAAUAAUACAAUUUGUUGAGUGAUUAUUUUUGCCUUUUUUAUUUGGUCAACCCUUCCAACAUUCUUUCAGGUCACUUAUUUACAAAAUGUAAGUGGGUCAUGGUCAUAGACAUAAAUACAGUUGAUUUAUUAAUGUACAUUCCUUUAGUCUCUCUAGUUUAGUGGCCGUAGAAAUCAAAUGACUGGAAUUGGAACCUCUGACCCUGACAAUUUCACUGGUCCGCGUUCAAAAUGGCUGCCAGUCUACUCACUGACUUGAAUGGGGAUGUCCAUUCUGCUCAUUCUAGUUCUGUGUUGUGGCUGUAUAACAGAUCUAUGUAGUGGUUUUAAUGAUGUUAUUAUCUAUAGUGGUUUAACUGGAUGUCAGUGUCUACGUCCCAAUUGGCACCCAAUCUACCUUUGUAGUGCACUAGUUUGUAUGGGCCCUGGUCAAAAGUAGUGCACUAGUUUGUAUGGGCCGUGGAUCAAAAGUAGUGCACUAGUUUGUAUGGGCCCUGGUCAAAAGUAGUGCACUAGUUUGUAUGGGGCCGUGGUCAAAAGUAGUGCACUAGUUUGUAUGGGCCGUGGAUCAAAAGUAGUGCACUAGUUUGUAUGGGCCGUGGAUCAAAAGUAGUGCACUAGUUUGUAUGGGCCCUGGUCAAAAGUAGUGCACUAGUUUGUAUGGGCCCUGGUCAAAAGUAGUGCACUAGUUUGUAUGGGCCCUGGUCAAAAGUAGUGCACUACAUAGGGAAUAGGGUGUUGACUCAAAGUGUCACAAAAUGUCUCCUGUUCCUAAAUAAACCAAUGUUUAAACAAACAAAUCUUAAAUAAAGCGACCGUUUGAAAAGUA